AUGUGCAUACUGGCCAGGUAUCAUCUGCUCCCUUCUUCUCUGGUUUUGCUCAUUUUGCUUGUCGCCUGCACUAUGGGCUGUAUUCAGAGCAUCGCAUGCAAGCCCCGCAUCAGACGGGAGAACAUUGUGGUGUAUGAGGUGUCAGCCUCUAUUGACCAGUGUCCCACCAUCAUUGAGGAGAACUCACCGAUUGUGCUCCGUUACAAGACACCUUACUUCAGGGCCUCAGCAGGAGUUGUGAUGCCACCAGUGCCCCGUAAUGAAACCUGGGUGGUGGGCUGGAUCCAAGCUUGUACCCAGAUGGAGUUCUACAACACCUAUGGUGAUAUUGGCAUGUCCAGCUGGGAGUUACCAGAGCUGCGAGAGGGUCGGGUCAAGGCCAUCAGCGACUCAGAUGGCGUCAGCUACCCCUGGUACGGCAACACCACUGAGACGGUCACUCUUACUGGCCCCACGUCCAAACCGUCCCGCCUGACCGUCAGCAUGAACGACAACUUCUACCCCAGUGUGACCUGGGCAGUCCCCAUCAGCAACAGCAACACGCCCAUGCUGACCCACAUCACCAGGGACCAGAGCUUCAUCACCUGGCUGGUGGCCAUGAACUCCGUCACCAAGGAGCGUAUCGUGUUGCAGACGGUGCGGUGGCGGAUGCGGGUGGACAUCGCCGUGGAUCCAGACAUGCCUCUGGGCUCUCGGGCCUCGUUGAUGGGUCGUCCCUACCAGGAGCAACCGCACAUCCUCAACUACCAGGAGCCCAUACCUCCCAACGCGCUGGGGAGGCCAAACGCCAACGACGCCCAAGUGCUAAUGUGGAGGCCACGGAGAGGGGCUCCACUAGUGGUCAUACCGCCAAAAUAAGAGGGUCAAGUGGUUACGCAGACAGCCAAGUUGAAUUGUUCCCUCUUGCAGAAAAAGGGCCAGUGAAGGUGGUGAAGUCAUGAAGCCUAUCAAAGAAGAGACAACUGAUGGUUUCUCUGCUCUCAAGACGCCAGCGGCUCAUUAUCCCUAAGAGAUUAAAGUGGACCAUUAAACAAGCCAGAGAGGAUAUUACAUCACAGAAUGGUGUCAGAAAAAAAAAGUCUACAAUGAACUAGUGUCAAAGGCCUGGAGUUGCAUCAAUGCUUGUUUGGCCCCUGACAAGUUUUGGACUGUAUUGAAAGAGAUCUGCCUGCCUUUUAGUGAGGAAGGAACACUGUUUUUAGACGUACCACAGAGGUAUUAGUCCACAACGAGAACUGCAUCCUGCAUCCUUAUGUAGAUCUUAUUGCAUGAGAGAGUGAGAGAGACAAAAAAAACUGUCCUUGAGAAGUUUAAGAAUAGCAUUUGUUUUGUAUAACUUGAUACCUGAAGACAUUUUGAUUGAAAAGUCAGCCAAAAAAAAAACAACUAAAAAAAAAAACAACCUACGGCUGGUUAAACCUCGUCAGUGCCAAUAAAGGCCUUUCAGCACACUCAGUACCAGAGUUAAAGGAUGUAUUCAGAAAAUUUAAGAGACAAAAGUAUUAUAUUAUUAUAUAUGAAUCUUUUUAGGUUAAGAUGAAACUCAUACAUCCAUCAGAUUGUAUUAAGAGCACCCACUUGGCAUAAAAGUCUGGAAGAAAAAGACAUCUGCUGUAGUUUUCACUGGAGUUUUGCUAAUACACCAAACUUAUGCACAGACAUUUUCAAGUCUCUGUAGUGCAGCUGAUAUUGUAUUCAGACUGGGUGACAAACCAUCAGAGAUGAGCUGGACCUGUUACCACAUUAAAUAAAUAAUGUCAGCGAUGCUUUCAAUGAGUGCAGUGUAAAUGACUUGGAAUCGUGCCAUACAACAAAUUUAAAACAAGAGGGUGAUAGCAGCGAGGGCCACGUCGUAUAUCAUCGCUGAAAUGGGGCCGAACUGUACUCAGACCAAGGGUAGAUUUGAUGUGGCACUAAUCAGGCCAUGUUGCACUACAGAGUUACAUAAAUCUACCUACAGUCAGGGAAAUCUAAAUGUACUCUUAACAGUUUCCUUGAUGUGGAAUUAAACCAGACUGAAUUUUGGCAAGGAUUGAUUUGGGAUAUGUGCCAUUUUUUUUAAAAACCCUGGUUCAAUGAGCUCACACCACAUCUCAUAUCCCCUCAUAUCACUGACAUCAGUUAUUUUGCAGCAGGUUUCUGCA